AUGCAGGCUAAAGGCUACAGAAGCUGGUUUGUUGCACCUCCGGCAUCACACAGCGUCUUAGGGCAUGCCUACACAUCUGGUGGAGUGGCCAUCUUUGUGCGUAAAGACAAGGGUGCUAGAGAAGUGAGCAGACAUGUUGCCUAUGACGGACAAGCCAUUAUGCUUCAAUUGGAUCACAUGUUUAUCAUUGGUGCAUACUUGCCGCCCCGCAACCCCCAAGCAACGCAAACACUGACAGUGCUGGAUGAAUGGAUUGCAUCGGCGGGAGCCUUAGAGCCAGUUGUCAUUUUAGGAGAUUUCAACCAAGAGCCGGAACUUGCAGACCGGUGGACGGCCCUCGCCGAUGGUGGAGCAGCCAAAGUCGUUUCCCUCCCUGAUGGGACCAGAGCAUCCACGAGGCCACCCGUGCAGGAAGCUUUUCAGUUUUGGCAGGAAGGCAGUGAGCCCAUGCCGGAAUAUGCCUGGUCAAACCUCACACCUAAGGAACUUCACAGACAAGCAAUCAGAAUGAAGGGCUCAGCCGGUGGAGCAGAUGGGAUAACCGGUAUCGAAGCGGCACAAUUGCCGCUCCGAAUUACCAAGAUUGUGCUCUGCCGUGAGCCCCAGCUUUUCAGUUUAGCCACAUUCCUUGAUGAUCGAAACAUGAUUGCAAGAGAUCCCCAGCAAGCAUUUCGCUUAUGGCAAACCUGGCAAGAGGUGUCAUCGCGUUUGGGAUUGUGGGAAAAUGACAGCAAAGCACGUGUAGUCCCCCGGAGGGCUGCAUAUGAAGCUCAGCUUGUGGCACAAGGCUUUGCACAGCAUCAUGUCACAAAUGCAGCCAGGGUUUUGAGCAUUGAUUUCACAACCCGCCUCGGUGCUUCGGACCGAAAAACUUCAGAAGAACGCUUGAGAGUGACCAAGUCUCGACUGCAACGGAUUGCACUACUGCCAGUUGGAAUGCAUCUCAAAGCCAACAUGUGGCGUCCAUCGCCAUCCCUAAAGUACGGAAACGUGCUCGCCAAUGGCCUCGCAGCCCCACCAGAGGCACAUGGCUUGGCACUGUCCGAGGCUGGCUGGAAGACCUGGGUUGGAUCGAGGAAGGUCCAUUUCAUUGGCGCUGCCAUGCACUUGGCGCCCGUGGCAUCAUCCGCUGGUCGGGCCGUGUGUCUACAGCAGAACUUGAUGUAG